AUGACAGUUUAUAAGAAUAUUGUGGUUGCAUUCACAGCAGAAUAUUCUGAGGAGGCUAGACAGAUCUAUGAUGCAAUUGUGGACACAGAUGAGCAUUCAAAUGCAUUUCUGACGUACACCAAGAACAUAAUAUGCCCAUUGAAACUGAAAAAUGUUUUUGAUGAAUACGUCCUGGUUGGCCCAACAUGUCCACUUCAUAGACACAUCAGGAAGAAUAAGAAAGUGAUAGAGUAUUUUGGCACAGUUGUAUUAGAUAAAGACGAGAAAGUAACAAGUAUAAACGAAACUGAUAACAUGGAUCAAUAUAAAAUAUUACAGGCUAAUGAUGAUAUAAAAGAGAUUGUGGGAGCAAUAAGAAGUGGUCAAGACAUCUUCGACAUCAAAACAAUCAAAUAUAUUCCAUUCACAAACAAGACUAUAGCUGAUAUCUUCAAGAAGUAUCAAAUCAAAAUGACCAAAAAUAUUGAUGAAAAAAGCAUGAAGGAACAGGUUGAUUUCUACGCUAAAGAAAACAUCCUGGGUAAACACAUUGAUUCCAAAAGAGUCUUUGCGAUAGUUUUCACAUCAAAACACUACCAGAAUACAGUUGAUCAGGCGUAUGAAAUAUUAAGAAAAUACAGGCACAGUGUGAUAAAAAUGUACCUGAAGGACGUGAGCUACGAGAGGCUGAUUUCAGUCGAUAGCAUCGAAUGCAUCAUUCUGGUUGAUUGUCCUCUCUUUGAGUGCGAUAUUCCUUUGCAUAUCCCAGUAAUCAGCCUAUUUUCAAUGUGUAGGGGAAUUGAUAAGGAAUGGGUUGGCGUAAACUACAAACAGAAUUCAGUAGAAAUAAAACUGAAUCAGCGGGAAUUGAACUCGCGAAUGAGUGACCUUGUGAUACGCAAAACAGAAGUUGCUGAAAUUCUGAAGCAAAGGGACUUUCAGGGCGUGGAGUACAAAAAGGACGACUGCGACUACGAAAUACACGAAGGCCGCAAGGGAAUAGCAAGCAGCUACGAGACAGAGGGAGAACGCAAUGAAUCCAAGUAG